UUUCAGUAUCCCCCUAACAAUGUUAGUUCCAUCCAACAUGGCGACGUCCAUGGAAAGGUUGCGGGUUCUCCGUGGGCUGAUACGGGAAUUGCGGCACGUACACAAGAAGGGUCCAGUGAAGGAAACCAUAGCCUAUAACUACCUGAUGGAACAGUACCGCAAACACCAGGUCACCGACCAGAGGAUCUGCCGGGCGCACCAGGAACUACAGCGUAAUGCCGAGACUUACCUGUGUCUUCUUAAGAGUACCAGGUUACAACAGGCCCUCCAUGCUGAGUACUAUGGGAAAGGAGAGAAGACAACAGAAGAGACGGCGAAGAUGCUCGGCUUUGAUCUUCCUCAGAACCCACCUGACAAAUAAACACACCUGCACUAGUCUGUAAAUAUGGAGUCAGGACUCAGGACAUUACAUCAUGUGCUUUGGAACUAUUACUGGCAUGUUGCUAAGAUGGAGUCUAAAUCUCAUCUUGCCACAGUGGUCUGUUGUACUAUAAUUUAUAGUAUAAAGAAUAUCUUACAGUUACAUAUAGCUACAUGUAAGUUACAAGAACUAAAGACAAGAAAGAUGAAUGAAACUCAUCCAAUGCCAUGGUUUUCAGAUCCCAAUCUGUACAAGCAUAACUUAACGUUUUGUUUGUCUGUCGCUGAUGUUGUAACUAUUCUGUAAAUCGUUUAUCGUUUCCAAAUGAACCAGUAAUAGUUCAAUUAUUAUUGAAGUUAUGCAACAGCUUUAUAUGUUUUGCAUAUGGAUUGUUAUCGUAAGCAUGGACUUUGGAAAGAAACAGAAGUACCAUCCUUUUU